AAAAAAAAGGGCUUUCAGCACAAUUAGCGUUGACGAUGGGCUCGAUAGUCUCACUCACGAACCUGGAGCUCGAAGAAAACUGAAAGAAAAAGAGCAAAUAGCCAUUUCUCAACUUGACAAACCAUGCAUGAAAAUGAAACAGCAAAUGCAAAAGUUGCUUCUCUGAGAUGGGGAAUCCUUCUUCAAGCCCUCCUGCCCAUAUUUCAGGUUCUUUCUUCUAUACACCAAUCGAAUUCCUUAAAUCUAAUUGGCUGCCUAUUGCUGUUAAUGUAUCUCGCAGAUGAGAAAUCUUUAAAUGCCAUCAAGCGCAUUUCCAGGAAGGCCUGUUAUGGCUUCAACUUAAUUCCUAGCCGAUUACUAGUUGAUAAAAAUCCAAACUCUAGAGAAGCCUAUAUAUGCUACACGUUACCCACUAAUGGGUCCCCUAAACUUUUCCUUACGUGAGUUCAUUUUCUUUCAUUUGGUGUACUGGACCUUGUAUCUUGUUCUCUCAGGUAUUUCUUCGAACACGUUCUGAACUUUAGAUUGAAAUGUGAUUGCAUUCAAAUACAAUAGGACUGUUUUUUUUAGAGUAAUACAGUAUUUGAGUUUUGUUGUUGCUAUAUAUGAAAUUUCUUUGCAGCCAAAGGAUGGACGGGCGCCCUAAUCUCAGUGAUUUUGAGAUAUCUAAUAGAUACAAUGUUGAUAACACUGGGCUUGUCUAGAACAGAGUAUUGAGGGAAGGAGAUAGCGGUGUCCUAUGCAUGUUUCAGGCUGGAACAAUUGGAGGGGAUUCUGACUUCUGACCACACUGAUAAUUACGAUUUUUAAAAUGAUCAAAUCAAACUGGACUGUUUUGAACAUAGAAAUCAAACUAAACAGAACCAAUUACCAAAUCAGAUUAAAUCAAAAUAUUAUUCUUUGAUCCAAUUUUUGAAAUGUUUUGAGACAAACGAAACUUUUUUUUUUAGUUUUGCAUAACCAGCUCAAGUUAGCUUAAAUAUUCACUUCCUUAUAUGUAAUAAAAAGAUUUAAAAAUCAAAAAAAUAAAUUUUUAUUAUUACUAUUAUUUUAUACAAGUUUGAGUUACUGUUUUUAGUUUCGUUUCUUAUGAAGUGAAGUUUUAUUUCCUACAAUCCGUAUUGUACUUUUUAUUGAGUGGUAAACUAAACCAACUGCCAAAUUCAGACCAGAUUGGUGGAUUGAAUUUAAUGAUGCAUACCCCUGAGAGUGAAAGUUUUUGUCUGUGGCACCUGAAUUUUGAUGAAAUUUGAAAUAUUUCAUGCAUGGGGGCCUUCUUUUAUUUUAUUGCUUUGAUUAUAAGAUAUCUAUCUAUUUUAUUUGGGAAGUUCUACUUUAAGCUCCUGCUAUUGGAUUAACUUCUGCAAUGGGUGUGUUUUUACAAGCUAGUUAAAUACAAUAUCAUAAUGGCGGUUGGUGUGCAUCACCAUUGAAAGUUUCUUAAUAUGGUGUUAGAUAUAUGAACUGGAAGAUUCAGUUCAAAUCUUGUUAGCUGGAGAAAAUUCAAAUGGUUCAUCUACAUAAUCAAUUAGUGUUGCUUUAUCUUGUUUAUGCUUAGGAUUCUAAAAUGAUCUUGUUAUACAGGUCAUUGGCCAUCAGAAGAAGUCCUUGCUUAUUUUUGCUUAUCACAUGCAGACAUGUUCAGGUCAAAAAGAGUUAUUGAGCUUGGUUCAGGCUAUGGUUUAGCUGGAUUAGUUAUUGCUGCAACUACUGAGGCAGUGGAAGUUGUAAUCUCUGAUGGAAAUCCUCAAGUGGUUGAUUAUAUUCAGCAUAAUAUGGAUACUAACUCUGGGGCAUUUGGUAGUACAAAAGUGAGGAGUAUGACAUUGAAUUGGGAUCAGGCAGAAGCUUCAAAUAUCUCUAACACUUUUGAUGUCAUUGUUGCUAGUGAUUGCGCCUUUUUUAAGGAGUUCCACAAAGGCCUUGCUUUUGCUGUCAAACUCUUGCUGAGAAACGCUGGGAUAUCAGAAGCAAUAUUCUUCAGUCCUCGAAGAGGCAAUUCACUGGAUAAGUUUCUAGAGGAAAUUGAAGAAAAUGGCAUGCAUUUCUGUGUAACAGAGAACUAUGAUACAGAAGUUUUGGAUGCGUCAUCAAGGGUUCAUGAAUAGUGGUAACUCAUGGCCCAGCUAAGAAAAAGAUCACUGCUAUCCUUUGCUGGUCAGAGUUACAUUAUAAACUUUUGAAGCCUUCUAUUCCAUUCAUAAUUUUUAUA